ACUGAUUCUGCCGAUCCCAAGCUGGAAGUUGAAGUACAACCAACCGCCAACUCGGGAAACCUACUGAACGUUCCUGCCCGGGAACUGGAAACUGCAGGUCCUCUUUAUUUGAGGCGACGUGCAAAAGACGCCCAGGUCGCUGCCUGGUCUAACCUUUUCGACCCAAACGGCUUAUUCUGCAGUAGUUCUAGUUGCUUUAGACAUCAGUCCAAUUCGACAGUUUCUCGGACUGAUCGCCACCUUGCCACACCACUGUAGCUUGACUGCUGCAGUCACGGAGCGGUUCGCGACAAUGGCCAUUUUGAACUUCACUCUGAGCGAAGAUGGCGUCGUUGCGCUGCAGAACGCCUUGACCUGUCUCUUGAGGUUCUGUGACGACGUGUCUCUCGAUGCCACCAAGGAUAGGUUUAUCCUGACGGGGCUGAACGCGACCAAGUCGGCCCACAUAUCCUUCAUCUUCAACCUGAAUCGCUUCUUUUCGCGAUACUCAUUCGAGGGCAGCGCUCAGUACAGGGACCGCUUCUACUGCGUUCUGUAUAUCAGGGCAUUGCUGUCGGUAUUUCGAGUCCGUGUUGGUGGUGAUCCAGGCAGAGACAGGGAGAAAGAAACAACCAUUGAGAGAUGUGAUGUUGCCAUCAAUGACGGACCGGGCACCAAGAGCCGGUUCGUUGCCCAAAUCAUAUGCAGAAAUGGAAUCACGGCAACCCACAGUCUGCCAUUUGAGGCCAAGGCUCCUACGAGGGUCAAAUUUGACUCUGCUGAAGCCGUCAACCACUGGACCAUGGCGUCACGCACAUUACGUCAACUAAUGGACCAUUUUGGCCCCGGUAUCGAUUUGCUUGACAUCCAUACAGAGGGUGAAGGUGUUGUCAACUUUGCAUGCUACACUGAGAAGGAUUACAAACUGUCCAAUGAUGCCACUAUUCUGAAAAAGCCGUUGCACACAUCUAUUGCGGUUGAGAUGGAUGAGUUUGACGAAAUCGAGGUUGAGGACAAACUGCACACCAUCAUCCCAGUAAAGGACUUCAGGGCUAUUCUUCAACAUGCCACCACCACAGCGGGGGAUCUUUCCGCCAGAUAUUCUAACCCGGGCCGUCCUAUGAAACUCUAUUACAGCACGGACGGCAUACUCUGCGAGUUUAUUCUCAUGACGGUUGGAGAGAGAAGCCCGGCCGGCCCUAAGACUCGUAAGGGCCGGGUCACAAAAACACCCAAGCCUGGUCUCGACGCGACAUCUAGCCGGGCCGCUUCAAACUCGAGAGCACCUACGCAGCAAGCGCAGGUACCCUCGCAAGCUCGGGAGCCCAAAGUCAUUAUGCCUCCACCCCCAGCUCGACCAUCACAGUUUGAGAUGCGACCGCCACCGGUACCGCCUCCCAUGUCAACCAUGCGAUCCGAGUCUAUGUUUGUUGCCCAAGACGAUGAUCCAAUGUGGGAGCCUGUCAAUGAGGAGGAUGAAAACGAAGAAGAAAACGGUGCCCUGGGUUGGGACGCUAGCAACGCUCCUAACCCGCCUACCCUACGGAUCAGUGACCGUCCUAACCUAACUGCUCCCUCUGAGCCUCGCCGAGAAGACUCCUACGACACUGGUCUUCCAUCUGAGAUUGAGCCAACGCAGCUGCUCUCGGAUGUACGGCGGUUCGGUCUUUUCUCCUGAGGAUAUAUUGUGACUCCUGGUCCGUAUUCAUAGAGGUUCCGUACUGGUCAGAGGGGGAUAGGCCUUGACAUGUUGAACUGCUGUUGUUAUCCAACAAGUCAGAUCUGCCGCCCUAAUGUUUAUGGAUGCUUUCAGGAACCCGGUUCAACUAGAAGGCUUUCCAAUCAUAAUCCAACUGGUGGCACAUCCAGAACCAAUAGCUGUAAUAGAGGAGCCUGGGGGAAUGUGUUUGGCGGAGGCGAUGACAUUCCACCCAGUAUUCCCUUGUGAAUUAUCAUCUUGAACUUGAGGACCGCAGUUUCCAUGCUCUCCCCAGCCCCAGGCAGCAACACUCUGACGUGCCUCGUCUAUGGCGACGACAUGCUCACUGCCAACCGCGAUCUGCGACAUCUUGGGCAGCUCUGAUGGCGCGAGUUGACCGUGGUCAUUCCUACCCCAGCUGAGUAUGCUUCCAUCGGCCUGCAAGACGUAGAUGUUACCCCAGCUAGCCUGCAAGUCUCGCCAGCCCGGCACGGAAUUCGGUGCAGAAGAUUGCACGCUCCAUUUGUCCAGGCCCAUCACCAAGAUAUCUCCACUGCCGG